AUGUCUAAGCAAAGUGGAUACCUUAAAAGUAGGAGCCAAGUUAGGAAUAGUUUUGAUUUGAAGUCAGAAAUAAAUUAUCGCAGAAUCCAUCAUAAAAAACAAGAUGUUAAUAAUCCUGUAGUCAAAACUCAUUCGAAGGAAUAUAAAAACGAUAAAACUGAUAAAAAUCAUUAUGCAGAUCAACUUACCAGUUGUGUUGAGCCAAUACAAAAAUCAAAAGAAACAAGGGGAGAAAAUAAUAAAAAUUGGAAAAUUUACCUUAAUGGAAAACAUCCAAUCUCAGAUGUAUCGAAUUCAAAGAAUUCUGGAUUAUUUAUCUUUCAUUCUGGCCAGAAUAUUCCAUCCACCCAUAAAAAAUCAUUCAAUAAAGUUAACGCACAUCAUUCGAGAAAAGAUGGCUCGCAAUCCAAUCAUGUAAAAAACAAUGUGCUUUCAUUUGUUAAACACAGUUCCGAAAGGAAGAAGCUUCCUUUCAAUGAUCGAAAUUACAAGUUAGAAAAGUGUGGUGAUGACUCGUUGGAUCAAUCGUCCACUAAAGGAAUUCACCCCGCUGAAGAAACAGAACCUGAUUAUUCUAGUGAUUUUAGUGAUGACUGUUCUUCAGUCUCAUCUACCUCAAAGCCCAGUACUCAAAGACUACACUCUGAAAACAAGCCAAAUAAUAACAUGGAGAAUGUUGGGAUUUGUGAAUCAAUAUUAGCAAAGCAUUCUUCUGAUCUUACUACGUCUGCUAAAGGAAUCAAUAAUGCCAGCGACGAGAAGAAUAUGGUUGUCAGUGACUUUGAACAGUCAAACAAAGUAAUGAAUAAUCAUCGUGUCUCUUCAAAAGUACAGAGUAGAGCUAAAUGUUUAUUAAAAUUGAUUGAUCUGUCUUUGAGUGAGUUUGUCAGUGUAUUUGAGUUGAAACCAUUGGACGAUUAUGAAUUUUAUAUGCUUUAUUCAAAUGAAAGUAAGAAUCGAAAUCAUUGCCAUGUUCAGACAAAUGAUGAUGCAUUGCAUAGAGAAGUACAAACUGAACCAAUUGACAUUUGUUAUGACGUAUGGACUCAACAACCAUCUGAUGAGAAUGGAGAAUUUAUUGGAAGAAUAAGUAGUACCAAUAAUUCUCUGAUAAACGAAUCAUACACUAAUUCAUCUAAUCCCAACGAUUCCAAUCAUGUUGCAUCCAAGAUAUAUUUAUGUGAAUUAGCUAAAGAAUUCUGCUUGGGAAUUAACACAUUUAAUGCUACGAAAAAUGACCAAACUGAAAAUAUUGGCAAUAAUUUCUUAAUGAACGAAUUCAACACACCUGGAAAUCUCAUCUCCAUGAUAAAUACUGAUAGUCUACUAGGAAAUCUUCAAUUAAUCAUGAAUUUGAUCAAUGAAGAAAGUUCAACAAAUGUAUCGACUACUACAGAUGAGAAUAAUUUUGUAGAGACUUUCUUUCAGUCAACCGAUGACUGCUUUAUAGCUGCAUCUAAAUUUGACCAUGUUAAAGAGUCAAAAAAUACAUCAUUUAAAAAUAAUGUUACUUCAGUUAAUGGGAAUGAAAUGAAAGAGUCUGAAAGUUUCGCCUACUUUUGGGAAAAUUAUGAAUGUGUCGCGUGUGAUUGUGCACCACAAAACCAAACUGUAAUUUUAACCAUCCAUCGACCAGUUAAACUCAGUCAAAAACAAGAAGAAAUGAAGAGUCUUUUCAAUUAUCGUCAAAGUGCUGGUGAAUUUAUAUGUGUAUGGACAGAAAUCGGUGUGAAACCACUGCCUGAUUGUCUGCUUUAUUGUCCAGGCUUAUCUGAAACUGGUUUAAAAGGCGCCAAUUUAAAUUGUGCAAUAUUCAGUCCAGAUAAUGAUGCUAAUUUGGUAAUUGCUGGUCUUCACGAUGGAGGUCUGUGUAUCUGGGAUCAACACAACUACUCCAGUAAUAUAGGUAUGAAAUCAACAAACUUGUCAGUUCUUACUGCUGUGGAUCAUCAGUUUGUUUCCACUGUAUUGAGUAACUUUUCUAACCUGGCCAUAUUAUUGCCAACGUAUAAAACAUCACUUUUAGAAUGUAAGGACUCAACAACAACAUGUAAACUGCAGUCAGCGAUCAACUAUAGGACUCAACAGCAUAAUCACUUUAGCCCAAUCAUAUCGAUUAAGAUUGCAGACAGUCAUUAUCAUAUGUGUCGAAAAGUGGCCAAUGAAUCAGAUAAAGAUUUAGACAAAUUUCAGUUACUUGCGCUAGACGAAAUCGGUAACAUCAGUUUAUGGCUAGUUUUGAUGAAUCAGAAGUAUGGGAUGCAAAAUAUUGUUGAAAACCUUGCAGGCUCACUAACAGAUUACUGUUUAUCGCCUGGCUCCAGUCGAUUACGUCUGGUUCGCUUACUGUUUAUCGAGUACAAAUCAACUCAAAUGGAUAUUUCAGCUUCAUUAAAAAAAGAAAAUUGUCUGAAAUAUCAAACCGAGACAAGUAAUUUGGAUCUAACGGAUCAAUUGAAUAAUAAAAUUAUCACAACUUGUUUAGCUGUAACAAAACAUGGCAAUUUCUUGAUCGGUUGUAGUAAUGGUCAAAUUAUACAUCGUGGUCGUUCACCGAAGCAAAAAGUUUAUCCUAAACUGUUUUCACGUACAUCAUGCUGUUCGGCCGCUGUACAGGCACUGGAAAGUCAUCCACAUAAAGAAUUACACUUGUUUAUUGCAGGUUAUACAGAUGGUAAAAUUUGUUUAUAUAAAACAAAUUACUUUCAACCUAUACUUCAAUGGGAUGUUGCAUCAUCAUCAUCAUCAUCAGCCUCAAUGACAAAUGUAUGCAAAACAAAACUAACAGAUUAUGAAGAUUACAUUGUACAAUCGGAUUCAGAAUUAGCAUCAUCAAACAUUCCAACUAAUCAUCAAUUGUUCAUUAGUAUACGUAAAUUAAUUUGGUCAACUACUUGUUCUUCGGUAUUUUUCAGUUUGGAUUCAAACAAUCAAGUUAUUCUAUGGGAUAUUGUGAAUCGAUUCAACCAGCCGAAUAAUUCUUUACAAUUAAAUAAUACAACAUCCGACUUGAUGAAUAAUUCUACUGGGAUAAGUUUAAAUGUGAAUGAUAGAAAAUUAUUGCCUUGUCAAAUAAUUAAUGAUAUUUGCAUUAGUAAAAUGCAUGAUUCCACAGAUGCCAGCUCGCUUUCAUCAUCGUCAAUAGCAUCAGUUUCAGCUUGUUCGUCGCGUUCAAUUAUCUUAUUUCAACCGCAUAAAAUCCACAUAUACUGGAUUAAUCCGCGUUGGUUAAGUGAACAGGUGGACGAAGUUACUUCAUUACUGAAAACUUUCGAUGGUUUCAGUGCUACUAGCACUUAACAUAAAAUUGCACGCACAUUUUGUAUCUAGAAUUAUUGAAAUAUUUUUUAAUUGGAUAGGCGAUUUUGACAAUAUCUUUCAUUCAGUUUUUACAGUGUUUAUACUAUUGCAUAGUUUUGAAA